AUGCCCGGCCAAUCACAGGGCGCGUUGGUGGGAGGCCUUGCGAAGGGCGCGCCCGGAGGAAGGAAGGCAGGAGAAAGGAAGCUUGAAGUCAAGAUGGAGACUGGUGGUUUGUCCGCAGCUGCCCUAGCGAACGGGGACUUGGGAUCCCAGCAAGAGCGGACCCUGGUGCCCGAGCGGCUUCAGAAGCGAGAACAUGAGCGGCAACUGGAGGUAGAAAGGCGAAAGCAAAAGCGGCAGGACCAGGAGGUGGAAGGGGAGAAGAGCGACUUUUUCGCCGCUGCCUUCGCUCGGGAGCGAUCGGCCGUGGAAGAGCUUCUGGAAAGCGGGGACUCCGUCGAGCGGCUGGAGGAGGCGGCCGCUCGGUUGCAGGGGCUUCAGAAACUUAUAAACGACUCGGUUUUGUUCCUGGCCGCCUACGAUUUGCGGCAAGCGCAAGAGGUGCUGGCGCGGCUGCAGGCGGCCCUGGCCAAGCGGCGCCAGGAGCUUCAGCCUAAGAAGCGUUUCGCUUUCAAGACCCGCAAGAAGGAUGCUGCUUCAGCCACGCAAGUAGAUUCGGCUCCCAUCGCCCCGGCGGCGGAGGGCAUCCUGACCUCCCCGCCGCCCUUGAAGGAGGAGGGAGAUUUCGACUCCAGCUGGAUCUGCGGCUUCUCCAAUCUGCAGUCCCAAGUUUUGGAGAAGAGAGCUGAGGAGCUGCACCAGCAGGACGUCCUUUUGACCCAACUGAGAAACUGCACGAUCAAACUCUAUGGCAAUCCCAACACCCUGCGGCUGACCAAGGCCCAAGGCUGUACGCUGCUCUGCGGUCCAGUGUCCACCUCCGUGUUCCUGGAGGACUGCAGUGACUGCGUGCUGGCCGUGGCCUGCCAGCAGCUCCGCGUACACACCACAAAAGACACCCGCAUCUUCUUGCAGGUGACCAGCAGGGCCAUCAUGGAGGACUGCACCGGGAUCCAGUUCGCCCCCUACACCUGGAGCUACCCUGGCAUCGACAAGGACUUCGAGGGCUCUGGUUUAGACAAGAACAAAAAUAACUGGAACGACGUUGACGAUUUCAACUGGCUGGCCCGGGAUGUGGCCUCUCCGAACUGGAGUGUUCUUCCUGAAGAAGAGCGAAGGAUCCAGUGGGACUAAGCAGUUGUCACUCUUCACUUCCACCAAAUACUUCCCUGUGGGACUGAGGCCGGCUCUUGGGACCCCAAAGUUUACUGUAGUCAUGCUAUGUUUUGAUUAUUUUAAGACUUUGAGGUUGUGAAUAGGCUUCUACUUUUGAUUUCCAUUAAAUUUUUGGCAGGUGUAGCACUUUAAAGAAUUUUUGUUAUUUUGGUACUGCCUAGGACCUAUUGUUAGACGGUGAUACUUUGAAGCUGUAAGGGGAAAAAGUGUGGUUGUAUGUUGGUUUUUAAUGAUUUGUGGUGUUUAAAACUUAUGCUUGAUAAAGUAGGUCUUUAAUAAAUAUUUGUUUAAUAAACGAAUUCAGUAGGGCUCUAGUAGGAGCCAGUUAGUCUGUAACUAAGGUAUCAGACCUGUUUAAAAUGCCAUUAACCAAGAGCUUUUUUGACUUGCAGGUUUAACUUCCAUAAGUAUUUUUUAGUGGAUCGAUGGAAGGACUCUUACCGGGUCUUCAGCUACAAGUUGGCUUGGGUUUUUGGCAUCCAGCUACUCAUUCACUUGGAUCCUAAGUUUUGGCAAUGGGCUCCAAGAGCCUCAUGAGCCUUAACCACCCAUAAAGCCACAGUAGUUCCAGCUGCCAGUUUUUGUGCACUUAGAAUGUUAUUGACACCAUUGUAAGCACCUUACUGGUGUCCUCAUAAUCUUAUGAGGUAGGUUCUGUUAAUGCAAUUUUUCAAGUAAGGAAACAGAUAAGUAAGUUACCCGAAGGCCACACAGCUGGAGUGGUGGGCUGUAUUUGAAACCAGGUACUCUGGCUCCAGAGCCCAGCUUAAUCACUCCUAGAUAUUGAUAAUGGAGUUGGGAAGAAAGCUUCCAAAAUUAAGAAGGGCAAAUAGUAUCUAUUCUCAUAUUCUAAAAGAACUGAGGCAAACAUACGGCUGAGUCUUAAUUUUUUGACUCAUUUUGCUGUAAUUCUCUGCUGUUACAAAUUUGGCUUUCUGCUCUGUACACUACAACUCAUUAUUAAAUGGAAAGUUGUAUGAUUUUCAAAAAGGUUUUUUGGGUCUAGUGGCUUUGUAACUGGGUGUGCUUUUUAUUUCAUAACUACUACAAGUAUUAAGGUGCUUAAAUAUCUCAAAUAUUAUAUGUUCUCUUUUGUUCCAAAAAAGGAUUUACAGUGGCUUCUGGGAUAUGUGAAAUAUAACAAAAUGAUAAAUGACAAGGAGGAACCAGGGUAGAGUGACAAACUGCAUGCAGGCAGAAAUGAAGCCAAUAAACAAAUGUAGCUGCCAAACUCGGUUCUUUAGCUGGGUGUGAAUGCAGAUUAUUUUUUUCCUCAACCAUUAACUGACUUGAAAAGGGAUCCUAAUCAGUUUCACAAUUUGCAUCAUUUACAAACAAGAGGGAAAAAUAUCAUUUAGUUGGGAGAAUUAGUUCUGAUAAUAAAAAGAGACAACAUAUAAUUAAAUCCUCAACGAUAUCUUUACAUUAGAAACUUGUAUAUCCUAAAGCUGUUCCCCUAGAGACUGAUAGUUUACACAAGUGCACUUAAGGAUAAACCAUGCUUAAAUAAAAAAGGUUUAAAAAGAAUAAAUAAACCAUGCUUUUCUUUUUUGGCCACACAGCCUGGCAUUCAGGAUCUUAGUUCCCUGACCAGGGGUUGAACCCGGGCCUUGGCUGUGAAAGCUUGGAGUCCCAGCCACUGGACUGUCGGGGAAUUACCCAAGAAUAAACCAUGCUUGUGACACUAA